AUGAUUACUAUUAAAAAAGCACCAAAAUCUUUGAAAAGUCAAGACAGUGUGCCUAGUAGUUUAUCGAGUACUUUGAGUCAUAAACAAUCCUUGAAGACAAUGAAUGAUGAUAUGAAUCUUUCAUCAGGUGGAACCACAAAUAGCGCUAUAAAUCUUGAUCCGUCUCUGAUUGGAACGGAUGAAUCUCGGCAAAGCGAUUGUGAAGAAGAGUUAAGCAACAACAGCACGGAUAUGAUAAUGAUGAAUGCAGCUGGAGACCCAACAAUAGAUAUGGUCGAUGACGGUCACAGUGAUGACGAAUAUGGAGAGCACGGACAACAACACUUCGACCAGUCUCAAUUUGAAAAGAUGCUCAGUCAGCGGCACUAUAAGGUUGUACGAGAAAGAGGAGAAGGCACCUUUUCAAAAGUACUGGAAGCAAAAAAUUUGAAAACAAACCAAAGAGUAGCAAUCAAGUGCAUGAAGAGUAAAUUUAAGGAUCGAGAUAGGGUCAAUAGACUGAGAGAAAUUCAAGCUCUAAAGAUUCUAUCGCCCAAUGAUAACGUUAUUUCCUUACUAGAGGUUGUAUAUGACCCAAAGAAUGGAAAUCUGGCGCUAGUUUUUGAAUUGAUGGAUAUGAAUAUAUACGAAUUGAUCAAGCGCCGGAAGAAAUACUUUCCAGAGCAUCAACUCAAAUCAUACAUGUAUCAAAUUUUAAAGUCGAUUGACCAUAUGCAUCGACAUAACAUUUUUCAUAGAGAUGUUAAGCCUGAAAACAUUUUAGUUAUGAAGCUACAUAACCCUCCACCUGUUCCCACAUCAAGCAGCGGACCUAACUCCGUUCUUUCCACUAAUUUUCUUUAUUACUACUACCUAAAUGGUUCAUCUUCUGCUAUGAACAGCUCCGCGUCACCUUCUUCGAGUAGAUCUGAAACACCAACAUCUGACUCUUUCAGCUAUCCUGUUUUAAAAUUGGCAGAUUUUGGAAGUUGUCAAGGAACAAAGGGCAAAAAACCCUAUACAGAAUACAUAUCCACAAGGUGGUAUAGAGCUCCUGAAUGCUUACUUACGGAUGGUUUUUAUGAUCAAAAGAUGGAUAUGUGGAGUGUUGGAUGUGUAUUUUAUGAAAUGAUAACAUUUGAGCCUCUAUUUCCAGGAGAAAAUGAGCUCGAUCAAAUUCAUCUCAUUCACAAAAUUGUUGGAACGCCAAGCGAGGAAAUUUUGAAUAAGUUCAGGAAACAUGCAAGCAGAUAUUUGACAAAUGGUAAAUUUCCAAAAAGAGGAGGAAAAGGACUAAAGUCCAUGAUACCUAAUGUUUCGAAAGAUUGCUUGGAUCUGCUUCAAAAAUUGUUGAUUUACAACCCUGAAGAAAGAAUAACUGCAAGCAAAGCAUUGAGGCAUCCGUAUUUCAAAGAGCUGUACGCCUUAGAUCAAAGCUUUGGAGCUGCGGCUAGCCCUUCUCCUCACCUAGGUAAUAUUUUCUCAUCUACCGCUGCUUCUGGUACUCUACAGCAAGCUCCAGCCUUAAUCCAACCCCACCAAAACUCAAACCAAGCAAACCACCACGAAAAUAAUCAAUCGAAUAUGGUUGUUCUUCCUACAAUAUAUGGCAACAAUAAGCAAAAGCCAAUGGUAAUGCCCAAGAAACAACUUCAUCAACCUCAUCAACAAAUAGGGCCAACGUUUGUUUCGUCAAACAAAGGUAUUGGGAUACCCACCCAACAGCAUACCAACAACUCUGUCUCUGGCUCUCUGAGCCAAUUUUUUACUGCAUUGAAAAAACCAUCUAAUAUGAAAACAGUGAACCUCUCUCCGUACCUUAACGACCACAACAACAUGGUUCAAAACUCACUACCCUCAUCCAAUUAUUAUAAUAAUUUUCAUAGAAAAUAA